AUGGAUAUUGAUCUGGCACUUCGUGAGGACAUGCUACCUGUCCCCAUGGAGGAAACUACGCUAGAGGAGAAAAAGUUGCAUGAGAGGUGGGAGCGGUCAAACCGCUUAAGUCUUUUACUCAUACAAAAUCAUAUCUCCAGAAAGAUAAGGGGCUCAAUUCCUGAUUGCAAAACUGCAAAAGAAUUCUUAACAACAGUAGAAGAGCAAUUUAUGAGUUCAAAGAAAGCCCUAGCCAGCAUCUUAAUAUCAAGGUUUGCUUCCUUAAAGUAUUAUGAUAAUGGUGGCAUACGCGAGCACAUUAUGGAGUUACGUGACAUCGCUGCCCAAUUAAAAUCAUUGGAAGUAGACAUGUCAGAGACUUUUCUUGUACACUUUGUUCUUAAUUCUCUGCCUAUAGAGUAUGCACCAUUUAAGAUCUCAUACAACACACAUACAGAAAAAUGGACUAUAAAUCAACUUCUAGCCAUGUGUGUUGAUGAGGAGCAGAGAAUAAAACAAGAGAGGCAAGAGAGUGUUUAUCUCACCUAUUAUAGGGGAAAAGGACAUAAAGAGAUUGGCUGUACCAGUCAUCAUAUUCCUGUCAAGAAGAAGAAAAAUGAAAGUGUCAGCUAA